AUGGAGCCUCUCUCUGGCUUGCUCUCUGCUCCCGCCCGGGCCUGCUCCCAGCCAGCAGGGCCCUGCGUGGAAGGUAGGAGAAGCCCAUCGCCCCGUGAGCUCCCCAAUUCCAGCCUCACCGACCCCGACUGGUUUUGGGAUGAGCAUAUUCAGGCAAAGAGGGCCAGAGUGGAGACCAUCAUCCGAGGCAUGUGCCUGUCCCCUACCCCUCCGGUGCUCGGCCGUGCCGGAGCCAGGGGCAGCCCAAACUGCCCAGAGAAGACCCGGGAGCGGAAGAGGAAGCAGAGCCUUCCCAUGCAGCAGGCCCCCCUGCACCCCGGCCCUGCCGGGAGCCUCGGCAGCAGGAAGGGGGGCCCUCGCAUGAGGGAACAGCUUCAUCUGCUGGAGCAGCAGCUAAGACAACUGCAGGAGCACAUCCUGCAGGCCGCCGAGCCCGGGGGCUCCGCUCAGGGCCCUCGGAGUGCCAAGCAGAGGAAUGGCUGUGGGUGUCGGCCCUGGGCUACGGACAGUGGCCACCACCAGGGUUCCAGUGGGGACAUCUCUGGGGUGGAAAAGCACAGAGUGGCUGAGGUCGAAUGCCAGCCCGAGGAACCCAGCUUCCUUCCUUCUGGAACACGAGCUUUGCUGGAGAUUCUGAGGAAAGAAUUGACCGGGGCAGUGUCCCAGGCUGUGGACUCAGUAUUACAGAAGGUGCUCUUGGACCCACCACACAGCCUGGCUCAGCUGGGCCGAAGCUUUCAGGGGCUGGCCCCAGGGGGUAGAAGCGAGACUUCACCUGAGGGGGGUGCCUGUAAGGACCCACUUCCUUCGGUUGCCUUGCCCAGGAGGACCCAGGCCCAGGCUGGGAGCCCCGGAAACUUAUCACUGGCCACCCCUCUGGACCCUCCUAGAUACCCUGUCUCUCCAAGAACGAUCUCCAAACCCUGCCAGGGCCCCCCAGCAAACUGUCCCUUGACCAUGCCUUCCCACAUGCAGGAACAUCAGAUUCUUGGCCAGCUCCUGGGUCACGGACCCCCUGGUCACUGGAGCAGCAGUCUUCCCCAGGAUGCAUCUUCCCAAAGUCACUCCCCCCCGGAGUCUGUCCUGCGACCCUGGGGAGCUGUCAAACUGCGGCCAGCGGUUUUGAGCCAGCAGCAGCACCCCUUGCCCUACGCUUCCACCUGUUUGGAAAAACUGCCCCUUCUUCCCUCUGUGAAGACGGAGCAAGGUGGCCUGCAGGCUGUCGCCGAAGUGCUUCCAUUUUCUUCAGUCCACAUCCAGGAGGGUCUAAAUCCUGGUCACCUGAAGAAGGCCAAACUAAUGUUUUUCUUCACACGCUACCCCAGCUCCAACCUCCUGAAGGCUUAUUUCCCUGACAUACAGUUCAACCGCUGCAUCACCUCCCAGAUGAUCAAGUGGUUCAGCAACUUCCGAGAGUUCUACUAUAUCCAAAUGGAGAAAUCUGCUCGGCAAGCAAUUUCAGAUGGCGUCACAAAUCCCAAAAUGCUGGUGGUUCUCCGCGACUCAGAACUUUUUCGAGCUCUCAAUAUGCACUAUAACAAGGGAAAUGACUUUGAGGUCCCAGAUUGCUUCUUGGAGGUCGCCAGUUUGACGUUACAGGAGUUCUUCAGGGCUGUCUCCGCAGGGAAAGACUCAGAUCCUUCCUGGAAGAAACCCAUUUAUAAAAUUAUUUCGAAGCUGGACAGUGACAUCCCAGAGAUAUUCAAAUCUUCCAGCUAUCCCCAGGAGCUGCUUCGGAAUUAAGAUCCCACAAAGUGAGGAGCACCUGGCCAGGGUUUCCUGGGUUUGUCUUAAAUGGCAGUCAGGACAGCUGUGGUAAUAUAAAAAGGGCAUAGGGAUAGAGCUCCCUUGCCCCCAACAGGAACUAUUGCCAUUUCUGAUCAUUUCUUUCCUUUUCCAGAAUCAUAAGAAGUUUAACCUUAAGUGUAAAAUAUAUCAACCAAGUGUAAUGGUGUGUUGGUAGCAUAUUGUUAAAGGGACACAACAGUUUUUUGGAAUCAGAAGACCUAAGUCCCCAUCCUACUGUUUCCAAGUGUUAUGGCCCUGGGUACUUGCAGGUAUUCUCUGCAUCUGUAAAGUGAGUCCUGAAGUACUCUGUGAAAUGUUGCUCACUACGCAAGUGUUCCUUCCCCCCCCUUGGCUUUCAGGUAAGGUUAUCUUAGUUGGCUUGUCUGUUGUUGUUUUUACAAAUUGCUGGUUUUAGUGACCUAUUUAUCAAGCUCCACCUAUUUGCUAGACACUAGCAAAUACGUUAUCUUUAAGUUUUUCUCUGAAAAGUAGAUAUUAUCUUCAUUAAAAAAAAACAACAACAACCAGAAGUUUUAGAACAGUGAUGUAAAAACUCGCCAAAGUACAAGGCUAGGGCAUUUGGUUGGAUGGGAAGGCCUGAGUGUGGAGGAACCCAAGACCUUCGGAUGCCAGAUCCCAUCCUGACCACCUCCUGCUGCCUGUCAUGAUCUUAAGCAGGCCACCAUCUCCAGUGAGCAUGCAGCACAGACGGGGGCACUGCCGUCCGGCAGCCCCUGGCACUUCGGAGUGCUUCGCCACCCAGGAUUUCCAUCAAUCAUUCCAGCAAGCCCAACACAAACUUUCUGCAGGAUGUGAGUGUUGCUGUUCAGUCACAUUUGCGUGCUGAAGAGUUAUCCUUGGGACAGCCCACAUUGUCUCUAGUUGACCGAUGCAGUUGACGCCCAACCUCCUAUGUGCAGAGGAAGCUGGACCUCAGAAUGCAAAAGCUAGAAAGGGCCUUAGGAGAUCAUCCCGCCCACCCUGCUUGAAUGAGGAAGGAGGAAACCGAGGCCCACGGGAGACCUGCGUGGCCUGGGCGCAGCCUCCCAGACGAUGAACGGCACAGAGGGACACAUACAGCAUCACUCACAGAAACAAACUCCCCCACGGCAUAAGGAAAUUACAGUCCAUGGUCAACUUUUCAGAGAUAAAGGAAUUCAUGAAAUCAGCUUUUUUCUCUCUACCGGGCCCAAUACAAGUUGUGACGCACUCUGAGGAUAUAGGCAAGUCAUCUGCCGGGUCGAGUAACUGCGUCCGUCCCGAGACAGGCAGAAUCAAGUCUUUGGACGCUCUGCCCAAGGUGCGCAGGCCGGGGCGGGGACACCCGGCUCGGGCUCUGUUGUUUGAUUAGGGGGUGCCUGUGACCUCAUUAGCUUAUUCCUUUCCCAUCUACGUAAAACGAGUUUUCAUAUUCAGUUACCCACUGCCUUGACUUUUCGGGUGAGCUGGAUUAGGUGAGAUAAAUCCCUAAACUGUUGCCAGAUGUAUCAACAUGAAAAAGUCUGAAAGAUGACUUUCCUUUGCAUGUUCAUCUACUUUGAACAAAACAAACAUACGCAGCCCAAAGGAAUCUUCUUGUUCCAAGGUUACUUUGAGGCACCCUUCAAUACAUCCAGUGGCACUCAGGUCACCUUUGCUCUGUUUUCUCCCACGAUGUUCCCUUUACAAAAGUGAAGGAAUCUGCCAAAUCUGAGUUUUAAAAGCAGAGAAGCCCUGAGCGCCCGGAGCGCUGGCGAUCAGUGACCUGUGUUUGCAGACAGCAGAAGAGCCCACUAUGCAGAGUGAUAUUACAUAGCUAUUUAAGACUUUCAUGGGAAACAAUUCC